AUGGACAGUGUUGAUAUGACUGGUGGAGAUAUGACUGGUGGAGAUACGACUAGUGUAAUGGUUCCUAAUGUAAUUUCUCCUACCGAUGCUAACGAAUCUUCGUUAAUAGACGAAAAUAAUCAAAAAGAUUAUAUAAUGAAGAUAUCGUUGCAGGAGGUAGAUCGAUUCCAACAACAACAUCAUGUUUUUAGAACUUUAUGGAACGGAAACUAUUCAUCGCCGGUUGGUGAUAUUCUUAAAAGUGGUGACGCCAAUGUUCUUGAUGUUGGGUGUGGUCCAGGUACCUGGGUCUGUGAUAUGGCCAGCGAAUACAAGCAGUCGAAAUUUUUUGGUGUAGACAUCAAAGAGCUGUUUCCCAAGUUGCAACCCACCAAUGUUGCUUUUAUAAAGACGGACAUCUUUAACGAUGAUUUUUUUGAUCUUGUCAGGAUUCGUCAUAUGGUUUUUUGUUUUUCUGAGCAACAAUGGAACACAUUCAUAUUGCAAGGAGGAUGGAUAGAAUUAGAAGACGCAGAGGUUGUAAUGUAUAAUCGUGGCCCUGCCGCAACAACUAUAAGUGAUGCAGUAAAUCAGAUCCUAAGAUCAAAAUCAAUGGACCCAAAUAUCACCCAGAAAUUUGCUCAAAUUAUGAGUAACACUAAAAAAUUAGGCGAUAUAUAUCAUCAGGAAAAAACCAUACCAUGUGGAAGUUGGGGUGGCUUGUUAGGCGAUUUAACGGGCGAACUUACUGACAGUUUUUAUGGUGGAAUAAAAAGGAAGAUCAUGGAUAUAUUGAAUUGUAGCGAAUCACAGGUCGACGAGCUAUUAAAUAAUUACGCCAAUGAAAGGUCUUUAUAUAGGACCUACUCAAAGCAACAUCGAUAUUAUGCACAAAAAUUAUCGAAAUAA